AUGGAGUUCCAGUUCGAUGUGGAUGCGCUGCUCCCGGAGCGGAUCACAGUGCUGGACCAGCACCUGCGGCCCCCAGCCCGCCGACCCGGAACCACAACGCUGGCUCGUGUUGAUCUGCAGCAGCAAAUUAUGACCAUUGUAGAUGAACUGGGCAAGGCUUCUGCCAAGGCUCAGCAUCUUUCUGCUCCCAUUACCAGUGCAUCAAGGAUGCAGAGUAACCGCCACGUUAUUUACGUGCUCAAAGACACUUCGGCCCGACCGGCUGGAAAAGGAGCCAUUAUUGGUUUCCUCAAAGUUGGAUACAAGAAGCUCUUUGUAUUGGAUGAUCGUGAGGCUCAUAAUGAAGUUGAACCACUUUGCAUCUUGGAUUUUUACAUCCAUGAGUCUGUGCAACGCCAUGGCUAUGGGCGAGAACUCUUCCAGUAUAUGUUGCAGAAGGAGCGAGUUGAGCCACACCAACUGGCCAUUGACCGACCCUCGCAGAAGCUGCUGAAAUUCCUGAAUAAGCACUACAACCUGGAGACCACAGUUCCACAGGUCAACAACUUUGUGAUAUUUGAAGGCUUCUUCGCCCAUCAACAUCGACCCCCUGUUCCCUCUUUGAGGGCAUCUCGACAUUCUCGUGCUGCUGCAGUCGAUCCCACGCCUGCUGCUCCACCAAGGAAGCUUCCACCCAAGAGAGCAGAGGGAGACAUCAAGCCAUAUUCCUCUAGUGACCGAGAAUUUCUGAAAGUAGCUGUGGAGCCUCCUUGGCCCCUAAACAGGGCUCCUCGUCGUGCCACACCUCCAACUCAUCCACCCCCUCGCUCCAGCAGCCUGGGAAACUCACCAGAACGGGGACCUCUCCGCCCCUUUGUGCCAGAGCAGGAGCUGCUGCGUUCCCUGCGCCUCUGCCCCCCACACCCUACUGCCCGCCUUCUGCUGGCUGCUGACCCUGGGGGCAGCCCAGCUCAACGUCGCCGCACAAGCUCCCUUCCCCGUUCUGAUGAGAGUCGAUACUAACAACUACCCUAUCCCCUCCCUAGGAGACACUGGGGGUGGGCAGAGACCCUUCUCCCUGAGAACUUCAGACUCCUUCUUCUUUUGCAUCCUCUAGGACCUAGUGGAAACACAUAGAGCCCACAGGAUUCCCUCUUCCCCUUUUUGUGGACAAUUGGGUUGUCAGGGUCCAAAAAUUGCCUAACAC